AUGAGCACAGACGCCAUCGAGCAGAGGGAUCCUCAGCACAAGCUCGCAGAAAUUGAACAAAAUGGCAUCGACUUCACACGACAGAUUAAAACAGAGGACCUGAAUGAUUCUCCUCAUUCUGCAUCAUCACACAAAACAUGCCACCUGACACAGGGCUCGCCGGCACCUCAAGGCCAGCUGCCCGGGGAUCUGCCUCCUCUGCAUUCUCUGCCCCAGCUGGUCCUCAUGUCUGGUUCUCAUCUCUCCUCCUCCUCGCCCUUCCUCCUCUCUCAGGCUCAAACCGGCCACCAAGGCAUGUCCCUCCUGCAACCAAAUCUUCUGUCACUGCAGUCUCAGUCACAGCCAAGUCUCCUGCAGCACCAGCCUGGCCUGGCCUUAACACCUCAGGUGAUGGGUCGAGCGGGCCUCGCCGGCUCCUCCAUGGACGCACACUUGGACAUGUCUCAUCUACAGGUGCCCAAGCACGUCGCCCCCUCGCAGCAGGACGAACCGAGCGACCUGGAGGAACUCGAGCAGUUCGCCAAGUCCUUCAAGCAGAGACGCAUCAAGCUGGGAUUCACGCAGGGUGAUGUGGGCCUGGCUAUGGGCAAACUGUAUGGAAAUGACUUCAGUCAAACCACUAUUUCUCGCUUCGAGGCGCUUAACCUGAGCUUCAAGAACAUGUGCAAGCUCAAGCCUUUGCUGGAGAAAUGGCUGAGCGAUGCAGAAAACUCCCCUUCUGACUCGAUGGCUAACGCUGCCACCUUACCACCUCUCAUUGAGGGCUAUGGGAGGAAAAGGAAAAAGAGGACGAGUAUCGAGACGAACAUUAAACUUACACUGGAGAAACGCUUUUUAGACAAUCCCAAACCGAACUCAGAGGAGAUCACGAUGAUCUCAGAGCAGCUAGCGAUGGAAAAGGAAGUGGUGCGGGUGUGGUUCUGCAACCGGCGGCAGAAGGAGAAGAGGGUCUACUGCCCAGCGGUGUCCUCUUCCCCCAUGAAGUCACACAACUACAACUCCAGGCUGCCUCUGAAUUCCAGACCGUUCAGUCCUCUCGCUUCAGGAGGAGUGUCGAGCAGCUCGUCUCCCAACAGCCCGAGUCGUGGCUCCUCUCCCAACACCCUACCUACUUCCUCCAGCCCUCUGACAUCGCAGGGGGUCAACCAGAGCUUCAACCCUACAGGACCCUGGUAUCGCUGGAACAGCACUCCAUAUCAUCACUGAGCAUCCCAGAAUUCCCC